AUGGCUUCUAAUCCGCGUGUGUCCGUCAUUCAGUGGCAAAUCAAGCCAUUAGACCCGGAAUACAACCAUGCCAAAGCAUGCGAAUACAUCCGCGAGGCAGCCAACCAAAAGGCCGAGCUGGCCGUUCUUCCAGAAUACCACCUAAGCGGCUGGGUCCCCGACGACCCUCUCUGGUCAACCCAAGCAGAAUUAUCCCCGAGAUAUCUCUCACAAUACUGCAACUUAGCAAGAGACCUAGGAAUCAGCCUGGUCCCAGGAACAAUCAUCGAGAAACAUCCGGAUGAAAACAACACCACGCUGUUCUACAACACAGCCUACUUCAUCUCAAACGACGGCUCAAUUCUCUCAUCCUACCGCAAAAAGAACAUCUGGCAUCCAGAACGACCACAUCUUACCUCUUCAACACACGAGCGACAUGUCGCAUUCGACACGCCUGUCGGUCGUGCGGGCAUGCUUAUUUGCUGGGAUCUGGCGUUCCCCGAGGCGUUUAGGGAGUUGAUAGCCGAUGGGGCCAAGAUUAUAAUCAUUCCUACUUUCUGGACACCCCAUGACGCAUCCCCGGAAGCGCGCAAGUCGAAUCCAGACUGUGAAGCCCUCUUCCUUGAAACGACGAUUACAGCUCGUUGUUUCGAGAAUACUUGUGCAGUGAUCUUUGCCAAUGCCGCUGGUCCGAAAGAGGAUUUCCUUGGAUUGUCUCAGAUUACACUUCCUAUCACUGGGCCUGUUGGGAAAAUGGGGGCUGAAGAGGGCGUUCUGGUUAGGGAGUUGGAUGUCGGGGUUGUUGAGGCUGCUGAGGCCAAUUAUAAGGUUAGACAGGAUCUGAGGAGGGGGGAUUGGUAUUAUUCGUAUCGGCAUACUGUUAAGGGAGAGUAG